AUGCAAGGUCCCGGAAUCGACGCUAGCGCCCAGCCGUACUCCAGUAUGGCUGGGAAGCUGGACCCCAGACUUCUCAAAGCCCUUGAUGUGAUGGGUUUCACGUCCAUGACCCCCGUUCAGCAGCGUGUUUUGACUGAACUUCCCAGCUGGCGCAGUGACUGCCUCGUCCAGGCCAAGACUGGUACUGGUAAAACACUCGCAUUCUUGCUUCCGGCUUUGCACUGUCUGCUCCAAGGCCAGGCCCCUCCCAGAGGCAAGGUCGCCAUCUUGAUCAUUACCCCCACCCGAGAGCUCGCUCAACAGAUCGCCAACUUACGACCCCCCCUUGAAUGCCACAUCGCCGUGGGAGGAACUGCGCGCGCCUCGGCUCACAACCGUUUCAUGAAGGGCGCUCCUUCCAUUCUGGUGGCUACUCCCGGACGACUCAAGGAUUACCUGUCUGAGGAAUACACUGCCGAGAAGAUGUCAAACAUUCAGACCCUGGUUUUGGAUGAGGCGGAUACCAUGCUGGAGUCCGGUUUCAUUGCUGAUGUCAAGCGCAUCCUGCAACUCAUCCCGGCCAAGAGCACUGGCUGGCAGGGAAUGUGUUUCUCCGCCACUGUUCCUCCCAAGGUCAAGGAUGUCGUCAGUGUCGUCUUGAAGUCUGGUUACAGCAAUAUUUCGACUAUCGAUAAGAACGAAGCCCCCACUCACGAGAGGGUACCCCAGUACCAUGUCCUGAUCCCGUCCGUGGCAGACACCUUUACCACACUUGCAGCUCUUCUUAACCUGGAGAGCAAAACCUGCCGCAAAAUCAUUGUCUUUGGGGUUACAGCAAACAUGGUUGCUCUCUUGGCGAAUGUCUUCUCCGAGGGCUUGACUCCCUUGAAGGUGUUUGAGAUCCACUCCAGACUGAAUCAGAGCCGUCGUACAAAGACUACUGAGAUGUUCAAGGAGGCUUCUGCCGGAAUCAUGUUCGCCUCCGAUGUUAUCGGCCGUGGAAUGGAUUUCCCCAAUGUCGACCUGGUCAUUCAGGUUGGUCUGCCGUCCAAUGGUGAGCAGUACGUUCACCGUGUCGGUCGUACAGCCCGUGCCGGCAACGAUGGCCGUGCUAUCAUCCUCCUCACCGAGGGCGAGUCUUUCUUCAUGAAGGUCAACCGCCACCUCCCUAUCAAGCCCCACCCUCAGACCGACGCCAUCAAUGCGGCCGCACCCUUAUCCGCCGACGCCGUCACCACAGCCAUGUACGCCAUUGAUGAAGAGACCAAGCAACGUGCCUACUCGUCCUUUAUUGGAUUCUUCGCCGGCUCAGGUCUCCUGAAGCCUCUCCGUCUGGACAAAGCUGGUCUCGUCCAGAUGGCUAAUACGAUGGCUAUUGAGGGUAUGGCUUGCCCCGAGGCCCCGCCCAUGGAUAGGAAGGUUAUUGGCAAGAUGGGUUUGAAGGGUGUUCCUGGCUUCAACUACGGAAGCGGGAAUGACUUCAAUGGAGGCGGUGCUCGCCCGCGCAGCCGUUCCAAUGGACAACACUCUGGAAAACCCCGUGAUGCCCUGAGCCCCGGAGCUGGCCGUGACCAUCAUGGUGGUGUUGAGAAGAAGCGCGGUGGAGGUCGCGGUGGAGGCCGCGGUGGCCGAGGUGGUGGCCGUGGAGCCCGUCGCGGCGGUGGCGGAGGCGGAAGCACCUUCAAGCCUCGAGGAGCUUAG